ACCAAAUUACAGUGAACUCGCUGUGUGGGACUGCUGAGAGACCUGAGUGUUAUUAUGGCUUCAUAUGCACGUGGUUUUGGAGGAUAUGACUCAGAUUUUAGUGAUGAGGAGACUGACAGGAGAAAAGAAGACAGAAAAAGAUCAAAACAAGAUGACGCGUUGCUUAAGAAGCCAUUUGAGAAAGAAAAACAUGGAAAAGUUGCUCACAGACAGGUGGCUGCUGAUGAAUGGGAUAGAGAAGAAGCACGAAAUAGAAGGUUUCAUUUAAUAUCUAUGGAUGCUUUUGCCAGACAUCAGAAAUUUGUCAAUGAUUAUAUACUGUAUUAUGGUGGAAAGGUAGAAGAUUUCAAACUUUCAAAAGCAAAUAAGAAGACAGACUUUGACAUCAUUAAGGAAAAUCACAGAUUUCUAUGGGAGGAGGAAGAAGAUGAAGAUAUGACAUGGGAAAAGAAACUUGCAAAGAAAUACUACGAUAAAUUGUUUAAGGAAUACUGCAUAGCAGAUCUGAGCAAAUACAAGGAGAACAAGUUUGGUUUUCGUUGGCGAGUGGAAAAGGAAUUGGUCUCUGGAAAAGGCCAGUUUUCCUGUGGGAACAAGCGAUGUGACGAAAAGGAAGGGCUGAAGAGUUGGGAAGUAAACUUUGGCUACGUUGAACAUGGGGAAAAGAAAAAUGCUCUUGUAAAAUUAAGGCUCUGUCCUGAAUGUUCGUACAAACUGAACUUUCACCACAGAAGACGAGAAGUCGAGCCGAAAAGCCUUAAAAGGAAAACGCAAGAAGAAUAUGGUGAACCCUCAAGGAAAAAGUCUAAAAAAUCCCGUUCUCCAAAGAAGACAAAAGGUGUGUCUCCAGAUAAACACAAGGACUCAAGUGAAAAAGAUACAGAUGAUGAUGAGGAAGAUGACAGUAAACCAGAUGCUGAUUUCUGGAAGGGUUCUCAUCAAGAGACAGAUGAAAAAACACG